CCCAAACCCAAUUUUUUUACUUCUAUAAGGAAAAAAAAAACCUUCUCAAAUUAUUUCUUCUUCUGCAAUUGUGCAGUUUAAAGCUGCCCUAUAUUUUUCCCCUAUCCUUUUCUCCUACCACCCUUUCUCUUCUACCUUUUUCGGCGUUGCCGGCGGCGAUCCUUUUUCUCGUCGGAUCUCCGACCUAUCCACCUUCCCUCUCCUCUCUUUAUCAUCUAUAUCCCAGAAAAAAAUCUAAAAAAAGCGAAAAAGAAAAUCUAUCGGAAAAACAUCAAAAUUUCUAGGGUUUCAGUAUCUUCUACUUGUAUCAAUUUCGAGUUCGAUAGACGUCGGCUUUUUAAAAUUUAUUUAUAGUGUGAGAUUUUGUAUCUGCGAAUAAAAAGAGGAGAGGGAAGUUAGAAAAAAAAUUGAAAAAAAAGAAAAUUAUUGUUAUUGUUUUUGUUUUUUGUGUUGAAUUUUGAUGGCGCAGGUUCAGGUGCAGCCACAGGGUGCGAAUGCUGGUGGUGUGAACCAGUUUGUGACGUCUCUGUAUGUGGGUGACCUUGAUGUCAAUGUGACCGAUUCACAGCUGUAUGAUCUGUUCAAUCAGCUAGGGCAAGUUGUUUCGGUUAGGGUUUGCAGGGACUUGACUAGCCAGAGGUCGCUUGGUUAUGGUUAUGUCAAUUAUGGGAACCCACAAGAUGCUGCAAGGGCUCUGGAAGUGCUGAACUUUACUCCUCUCAAUGGAAAGCCCAUCAGGAUAAUGUACUCAAACCGAGACCCAACUGUUCGAAGAAGUGGCACUGCAAACAUAUUUAUUAAGAAUUUGGACAAGGCAAUUGACCACAAAGCACUACAUGAUACAUUUUCUGCAUUUGGAAACAUUCUAUCUUGUAAGGUAGCUGUGGAUUCAUCAGGUCAGUCCAAGGGGUAUGGGUUUGUGCAGUAUGACGGUGAGGAUGCUGCCCAAAAAGCUAUUGAGAAACUGAAUGGUAUGCUGCUGAAUGAUAAGCAAGUAUAUGUUGGACCCUUCGUUCGUAAGCAAGAAAGAGAUAUGGCUGUGGAUAAGACAAGAUUUACCAAUGUCUUCGUGAAAAAUUUAUCUGAAGCAACAUCAGAAGAAGAUCUCAAUAAAGCCUUUGGUGAAUUUGGUGCCAUUACUAGCAUUGCAAUUAUGAAGGAUGAAGAUGGAAAAUCUAGGUCCUUUGGAUUUGUCAACUUUGAGAAUGCUGAAGAUGCUGCUAGAGCCGUUGAAGCUCUGAAUGGUCACAAAUUUGAUAACAAAGAAUGGUUUGUAGGAAGAGCUCAGAAGAAAUCAGAGAGGGAAAUGGAAUUGAAAAAUCGAUAUGAGCAAAGUGCCAAGGAGGCAGUUGAUAAGUCACAAGGUUUGAAUCUAUAUAUAAAAAAUUUAGAUGACAGCAUUAGUGAUGACAAGCUGAAGGAAUUGUUCUCUCCAUUUGGCACAAUCACUUCAUGCAAGGUUAUGAGCGAUCCUAGUGGAGUAAGCAAAGGAUCAGGAUUUGUUGCAUUCUCAACUCCCGAAGAGGCUUCAAGAGCGCUCGCGGAGAUGAAUGGAAAGAUGAUUGUUAGCAAACCUCUGUAUGUUGCCCUUGCGCAACGCAAGGAAGAGAGAAGAGCAAGGUUACAGGCUCAGUUUUCUCAGAUGCGUCCAAUCGGAAUGGCAUCUUCGGUUGCUCCACGAAUGCCUAUGUACCCUCCUGGCGGUCCUGGUCUAGGUCAACAAAUAUUCUACGGCCAGCCACAACCAUCCAUGCUCCCCCCACAAGCUGGUUUUGGAUAUCAGCAGCAACUUGUACCUGGAAUGAGGCCUGGUGGGGGGCCUAUGCCGAAUUUCUUUAUGCCCAUGGUUCAGCAAGGGCAGCAAGGUCAACGUCCGGGUGGCCGACGUGGAGGUGCUGUUCCAUUGCAGCAAGGACAGCAGCCAGUUCCGAUGAUGCAGCAACAGAUGUUUCCGAGGGGCCGUGGAUAUCGAUAUCCUCCAGGACGUGGCCUUCCUGACGUUGGCUUUCCAGGAGUAGGUGGUGGCAUGUUCUCUGUCCCAUACGAUAUGGGUGGCAUGCCUGUGCGUGAUGCAGGAAUUGCUCAACCAAUUCCAGUAGGGGCUUUGGCUACUGCUCUGGCUAAUGCUUCUCCAACAGAGCAAAGGACGAUGCUAGGUGAAAAUCUGUACCCCUUGGUCGAACAGCUUGAACCAGAAACAGCAGCCAAGGUUACUGGCAUGCUUCUGGAGAUGGACCAGACAGAGGUAUUGCACUUGCUCGAGUCUCCCGACGCCCUGAAAGCCAAGGUUGCAGAGGCGAUGGACGUUCUUAGGAAUGUUCCUCAGCAGCAGUCCAGUAAUCCUGCUGAUCAGUUGGCUUCAUUGUCACUGAAUGAUGGUCUGGUUUCUUAAGUUCAAAGAUAUCCAAUGUGCAUCAAAUAUUUGUUCGUUUCAGGUGUGAUUUUAAUUAUGGAUUUUCUUCACCUAGAAAAUCUGACUUCCCAUAAAAAAACUUCUUAGACAAAUGUUUGACUAUCAGAUAUUGUUGGGUUGCAUUUUAGUUCAGUUUGGAGUUUGUUGGACAACAGUUUUAUUAGAACCUUUGCGCUGAUUUUUAUUUAUGGAUUUUUUUGUUUA